CACAGAGAUAACUGUGCAGCUGAAGUUCAAAGGGCAAAGAGAGUCUGUUCAAUUGGCACAUUGACCCAGUGCUGUGACAUUAACACUGAUUUGAGGUACCAUGUCUCCAGUGCCAGUGCCUGCAGUUGUCAUGUGAAGGGAGAUUAAGGUAUUCAGUUAUUUUUUAUUAUUAACAGAGAACCCAGGCAAAUUAGUCAUGUGCUACAGGAUCCUUCUGCUCUUGGCAAAUCUUGAAAAUUUUACGCCUCUAAAUGUAAGAUCUCAGAUCGACACCAUAUAGUGCACAACAAAAGUAUAUAUAAAGGUAAUGCUGGGUAUGCAUCAUGUAAACUGUUAAAAACAUCCGGUGUGCUUCAGCAAGCCUAAAUAUGCCUGUACCUUUAUUAACUGGUAUAAUGAAUAUAUGCAGUUUUCAAAAAAUCUUUGUGUAAUAUGGAAAUUCCAUGUUUAUUAAGAGAUUAGCAGGCGAAAAUCGAAUCAAUGUAACCAGAUGUAUUGAGAAAACGAAACCUGUCCAAUUUUCCGCACGUCUAUAAUUGCGUGUGGGUAAAAAAAGCAUCGUGGCAUCAAUUGGAUUGUGGGAGUUGUAGUUUGAUACGCUUGCUUUGUGUCAUUCAACCCGCACGCUUUGUGUUGACGUAAUGAUAUAUUUUUGCUAGUUUCUGAUCAAAUAUAGAAGUGUUCUUGUUAAUUGAAUGAAUAUAUGUAUUCUAGUAAAACAAGUAUAUAUUUGUUUUUUAAAAAAGAAUUUUAAUGUUGAAAUAUUCGUGCACAGUUCGUUCGGCGCUGCAGGCUACUGAAUCCAUAACGUAGUUUGAAAGGCAUGUAGGCGCGAAGUAGUGAAGAAUAUCCAAAAGAACGGACAAUGCAGAAAGCAAAUGAUGCUUAUCGGCUGUUAACUAAAUAUGUGCAAAUUUCUAAAACUUCACGGGUAGAAGGUUUAAAAAUUCAUUCAUUUACUUGAGUAUAUUUUAAAAUAUGCAUGCUGUUUCAAUCACCACCAAUACAAGACAACUGUCUGUUGCAGGUAAAUCACCGUGUUUCUUUUCACAUCGACGCAAGUUGGAGCAUCUCGUUAAUGCAUUUCAAAACAUAAAUUAAACCUCCGAGUAUCGGGUUCAUGUUUUAUAUAUUUAUCAGUUUAUUUGAUUUGGAAAACAAAACAGGAAGUUGUUAGCAUUGUGGGACGUGUAGUUCCGCUCUGGAGCAGCUGGGCUUGAUAACGGCGCGCUGAGGAGCGAAACAAAAUGAAAUAAAAGAAACUUUACCUGGAUUUCUGCUCAUCGAGCUAGAUACCGAAAUAAGAAUGCCGGGCUUCACCUGCUGCGUCCCGGGCUGUUACAGCAACUCGCACAGGGACAGGGAUCUGCGAUUCUAUACCUUCCCAAAGGAUACGGUACAGAGGGAGAUCUGGCUGAAGAACAUCUCCCGGGCCGGGGUCAGCGGCUGCUUCAGCACCUUCCAGCCCACCACCGGCCACCGGGUCUGCAGCAUUCACUUCGCGGGCGGUCGGAAGACUUAUAGCGUUCGGGUGCCGACACUUUUUCCGCUAAGGGGAGUCAACGAGAGAAAGAACAGGAGAGGCAGGAAAGGUAAAGUGUCCGCCACCCUCCCUGUCAUCACCAGCGUAGUUUCCCUUUCUGCAAACACUGGUGCGGAGCUGAGCGCCGCCAGCCCGGAGGUCGGUGUCGACGUGCUGCCAAGCGCGGGCAAAGUGGUGAAGAAUGGCCAGAACGGACAGGCCGCCGAUCCCGCCGAGGUAACUGUGCAGGGCGACGGUUCGUGUUUGGCCGCGACGGCGAGCGAUCUGCAGGCGGCCACGGGAGCCGCCAGCGCCGUGGCGCUGCAGCCGAGCGCUCGGUACACCGUGCUGGACCUGUGCACGCUCGGGGCGCUGGAUCACCCUUACUCGCUGAACACCGGCACCACCGCGGCCGAACUGCUGAAGAAGCUCAACGAGCAGCGGGACAUCAUCGCCUUGCUGGAGAUUAAGAUGAAGGAGAUGAAAUCCACCAUCCGUCAGCUUAAAGUAACUGAAGCGAAACUGAAGGAGGAAGUGAGGGAAAGAGAUCUGAUGCUCUCCGGGGCUGCUGUUCGGAAGAAAGUGUGAUAUGAAUGAAAGACAUUAAGUGGGAUACUCCGCAGUUUGUUACGAACAACAUUUUUUAGGGGUUACCAAAACAAAAGUGAGCCGUCUUUUGUAUAGAAUAUUCACAGCUGGUUUAGAUGAGAAUUUCAAGGUUUUUUUUCUUUGAAAUGCCUUUAGCUACUAAUACUAGUUUCUCCCAGGCAUAGUGUAGUACGGUAGCAUACAUUUUUAGUGCGCAGUUUUCAUAUCACUCGUGUUCCAGUCGAACUGAGAUUGUACAUCAAAAAACCCUGUUUGCGAUCACCAAAUGCAUUUGCUUUAUAAAAGCAUAAGAUUUUGUCAUCUUCAAGUGAACUGUGAUGUAAACGUGCUGAAAGGUUUAAAAGACAAACAAAUGAAGGUGAAAAGGACAUGCUACUUCAUGUAUUUAUAUUUUUGUGUAAUUAUUUUUUAUGUAUGCAAUUUGUCAAAAGUCGUUUUAACAGCAAAUAUACAAUCAAUUCCUUCUGCACUUAAAGUAAAAUUUAGUCAUUAGGAACUUGCUUGUUGAAUUUCAAUAAAGUUUACUAACAUUGUGAUUUUGUGCAAAGAAAACGUAAAUAUUGUUUGUCCUCUUGCUCUUCAGCAAACCUAAACUGUAGCAUGAUUGUCCAGUCAUCUUCAUGAUUCUACCAUUAUAAAGCUUUUUAUAUAUACCAGCUUGAUAUAGUUUAUAUUUGCAGUUACAAUUAAUGUUUUAAUUAUCCAUUAACAUUGGUUUAUGAUCCUUCACCAGCUUACUUCAGAAUCAUAUUUAAUACUUUGUUUCCGUCCUCUGUGUUUAAAUGUAUGCCAGCCAGCUGUGUACAUUAUAUGUAUAUGUUCGUUAUACCUGCUGUGUAGCUUAUCACAAAUUGCAUAUUUACAGUCAAGGGGAUUUAUUCAGUAAAGGGUCCCUAUCAUGAGUCAUGCUUUUAAGAAGGGUGGAUUGAAGUAACUGUAGCUAAGUAAGCAUUCACUUUGUAAGAAAGACGUGGACUUAAUAAAAAAAUAUUCUUCAA